AUGCAGAGAGGCCUUGUUGUGGUCUCUACUGUCUUGCUGGUGAUUGGUCUGGCUCUGGAGGCCGAGGUCGACCACGCGAGGCCGAACAUGGUGGUGGACGGCCGGAAUGGCGCCGAAGCCCUGGAUGCUAGGCUGAUGGUGGACGAGGAGGCCGGCGAUGUGGAAGUCGAGGGUGAGGUGGCCGACGAAGCGGUUGAGGAGGUGGGGGAGGGCGUGGCCGGUCCGUCGGCGGGCGCUGGCGCGGGCGCGGCGGCUACAGGCGCGCUGGGGCUGCUGUCGGUGGUGGCCAUGAAGGCAAAGUCGUGGUGGGGCGGCGACGAGAGCGGCGAUGAGGCGGGACGCGGCGAUGGCGUGGUGAUGGAGGUGAUUGUGGACGUCGCGCGGGGUGAGGGAAGCAGCCGCGCCGGCGCGCCUGCUGUCCGCCACAUGGCGGUCGACGAGCUGGGGUGCAGCGGCGGGACGCUGGUUGUGCCGGUCGGCGAGUGGCUCGCCGAGGCGUGGUCGGACGAGAGCUACGACGAGAGCCGGAGCGCAGAGUGGUGGGCGACCGAGCCGAUCCAGCUGCUGGAGUCGCUCAUUCUCCCGGCGGCCCAUGUGGCAAGCGUUUAUGUGGCGCGGAGCAGCCGCGGCGGCGGGGUGGUGGUAGUGGCGGUUCCGCGGAGCGAUGACGAGCUGGUGGCGAUGGUCUCGCACCGCGGUGGGCACGUGUGCGGAGUGGUUGUGGCCCGGCGGCUGCGGCGGUACGCAUCGUCGUUCUGGGCAGCGCGGACGCUGACGGCCCGCUCGUUCGUGGAGGCGCUGGUGCCAGAGCUCGAGCUGCUUCCUGGCUCGGAGCGAGUGCCGGCCAGCGUGGCAGUCACCGACAGGGUUAUCACCGAGUACCGACGGCUGCUGGUACGUGAGAAGCAGAGCCAGUUCAAGUUUGGCGUCCUGCGAGUGGCGGGUGGGCAGACGACUGAGAGCGAGAUGCUGGGCAACGCCGAGCUCGGCAGCGGACUGGCGGCGCUGAUGGCGCGGCUGGGCGACGAGGUAGGACUUGCGGGCUUUUCUGGCUACCGCGGUGGGCUCGACACAUCGGAAGCGUGCCUCACCGGAGCGACCUCGUACUACGCCCGUCUUUGCGGCGGCGAAGAGAUCAUGUUCCACGUCGCGCCGCUGCUGCCGCACGACCAGCACUCUGAUCAACAGCUGCUCCGCAAGCGGCACGUUGGCAACGACGUGGUGCUCCUGGUCUUCCUUGACGAGGGUGUGGACGCGUACUUGGCCGACACACUGGUUUGCCGAUUCACGCACGUCAUUGUGGCGGUGCAACCAGCGCAAGGCGCGCCUUCGCCGAACCGCUGGUUCCGCAUCCAUGUUGCACACGCGUUUACGGGCCAGUACACACCCGGGCUCGGCCGAGUCUGCCGCUCGGACGAGUGGCCGGACGCACCGAGCGAUGUGUACGACUCGACGUCGCCACACUUUCGCGAGUGGCUCCUCACCAAGAUGGCGUGCGCCGAGGUGGCUGCGCUGCGGUCGGCGCACUUUAAGGUUCUGACCGCGCGGACGCGUGGGGUGUACCUCGACGAGAUGGUGGACGAGGUCGAGACUGGCGAGUAGAGGCCGAGAGCCGACUCAGUCGGUCAUGGACUUGAUAGAGGCGAGCUGGUCGCGGAUCUUGCCGAGGCCGUCGAGCAUGGUGGCGACGGUCUCGCGCGACAUUUCAAAGUUGACGCGGUGGACGCCCAACAUGGCGCCGGCGCGCUUGGCCUCCUCCUGGACGGUCAUUUCGACAAUGACGGUCGGCUCGGCCAUGC